UACCUGUACUGCGGAGAAUUUUCUCAAGGAUCUUGAUAGAGGGGUUGUCUGCGUUAUCGUCCGACUAGACUCUAAAAAACAGACGUAGAAGUCAUCGUCCAAAAUUUCGCAAAGCUAGGAAUUGGCAUUUUUAAAUGCUUAGUGCCUUCAUCGCAUUUUUCUUCUCAAUUUCGCAAACUUUAAGGUGACCAUCGAUUUCACUGGUUCAUUUGCUCCACCUACAUCCCAACCUAUCUACGCAUCAUGGCGUCCGAAACAGAUAAUUCAGCAACUAUCGCGAGCCUUCGCGAAUCUCUCUGCUCCGAAGCUACCCCACUACCCGUACGAUUCCGCGCCCUCUUCUCCCUCAGACACCUAGCACGACACGAAACAGGCGACCAAGCCCUCGCCGCCAUAGACGCCAUCGCUGCCGGUUUCGCUUCUCCAUCCGCGCUUCUUAAACAUGAGCUGGCUUACUGCUUGGGCCAAUCGGCUAACCUAGCCGCCGUCCCCUACCUUCAGAAAGUCUUAGCAGAUUUACAAGAAGACCCUAUGUGCCGACACGAAGCGGCAGAGGCUUUGGGCGCUUUGGGCGAUGCUGGAAAUCUUGAAAUCUUGCGCAAGUUCCGCGAUCGAGAGGGAGAAGAGGUGGUUAUCAAGGAGACUUGUGAGAUUGCUAUUGAUAGAAUCGAAUGGGAAAACUCAGAACAACGGAAAGCAGAGAAGCUACGUCAAAGUGAUUUUGCUUCGGUCGACCCCGCUCCUCCGAUGCCUAACUCCGAGCAGACUGUCCAAGAUCUGGAAAAGACUUUGAUGGACACGAACCUACCUCUCUUCCUUAGAUACCGCGCUAUGUUCGCACUCCGCGACCUUGCAUCGCCGCCGGACCUCCCAACCGCAGUACCCGCCGUUCAAGCCUUAGCCAAGGGUUUCGCUGACCCCUCGGCCCUAUUUCGUCACGAGAUUGCUUUUGUUUUUGGCCAACUCUCCCAUCCGGCCUCAAUCCCAGCUCUCACUUCCGCAUUGAGUAAUCUUGAGGAGGCUAGCAUGGUUCGACAUGAAGCGGCGGAGGCACUCGGAAGCCUUGGCGAAGAGGAGGGCGUCGAGGAAGUUUUGAAGAAAUUCCUUCAUGACGAAGAGAAAGUUGUGCGUGAGAGCGUCAUUGUUGCUCUAGACAUGGCCGAUUACGAGCAAUCGAACCAGGCUGAGUAUGCGCUUAUCCCGGAGGCUCCGAAGGUAACGGCAUAGAUAUCCAUGGAUAAGUAGAAUUGGCGUUAUAUGGCGGGGCUGGCUGGAGGAUACCAAAAAAAGAACUCGUAUGCGCAUGGCUUCAUUUAUACGACUCGAGUUUGGGUUUAUGGCAACUACUUGAGAAAUUACAGGGCAGUCUCUAUUAGAAAAAUCUCAAUUGUUUGUGUUCCAUCUAUUUCGAGACUCUGGGUUAGCUGCGCUCAAUUGGUAAUAGAGAAUAGAGAAAACAACGUACUUGUGACCGCAUUCGCAAGUGAAGAAGAUCGUGCUGCCUUCAUCAGCACUGCGUAGCUGCACUGCCGUGUAUCUAACUUCCGUGCGCCCGCACUUCUCGCACGUCUCGUUUAUGACAGCUUCUGUCUGGACAUCGUGUCGCUUCACUGAUUGUACGAUUGAGAGUUUUUGUCGAAGCAAGGAGGGAAAGUCGGAGGGUUUACUCUCUGUGACAGUCGUCUUCGCUGCAGUGUCUUGGUUGUCGGCACCACAGCAUUCGCAAUGGAGAAUAUUCUUUUCGUUUCCCUUGGACACUGGGAGUAGAUUCCCGCAAUCGGUACAGAAAACUAAGGAGCCUAUAGCAGCCAUUGUCGGAACGGAGUUUGCUCUUCGUGAUAUAGUUUUCUGAGACGAAAGAAAAAUUGGUAAGAC